AUGGCUCGGACUCUGAGCACCAGUAGGCAUCAAUUUCUCAGAGCCAGGCAUUGAGACCCCCAGCAUCCAAUUCCAAGCAGGAUUGCAGAUAGAGCAGCUCUAAGCAAUGGAGAGUUUUGCCCAGAACCAGAAGCAUGUCAUUGGAAUUCCUUUGGCCUCGUAUGCAUAUGCCAGUGAGGAAGGAAAACCUUCCUGUUCUGCCUUGAUUCAUAAGAAGAACAAGAAGACUUCCUUCAUUUACCGGAUGAACAAGCUGAACCUGAAAACAGAUAGCUACAUGCAAGGGUUCAAACAACACUUAACUCUGGGGCCAAAAAUUUCUGAAACUAUCAAAGGGAAACUAAGCUUCGGUGCAAAGGUUCUACAAGCUGGCAGCAUUGAGAAAAUCUUCAGGCAAUACUUUGUAGUGGAGAAGGAUGAGAAAUUAUUGAAGGCUUUCCAGUGUUAUCUUUCAACCACAGCUGGUCCAAUAGCAGGAAUGCUUUUUAUCUCAAAUGAGAAGAUUGCUUUCCAUAGUGAUAGGCCCCUGAGUUUAGCAUGUCCCAAAGGGGAAAGGACCAGGGUGCCCUACAAGGUGUUGAUCCCCGCAAAAAGAAUAAAGAGCGCUUCCGUGAGAGAAAAUUUGUACAAUCCUGAUGAGAAGUAUAUUGAUUUAGUUACUGUUGAUGGAUUUGAUUUUUGGUUUAUGGGUUUUAUUAGCUAUGAGAAAUCAUUCAGAUAUCUUCAACAUGUAAUUUCAAGGUUUAGAUGAUAUACGUAGAUCUGUAGUCUGAAACAAACCGCAUACCAUGUUGAUGUGGUAUAUGUAUAUGUACAUGUACAUUACACAGAUAAAAUUGAUCUCACAUUGAACCAAAA